AGAGCGCGUGGGAAAGGCGGGGCCGGGCACGCCGGCGUCACGCAUUAGGGCGGGGCCACACUAUGCAGCAACGCAAGGAAGAGCAAGAGGCAGCGCGCUGGAAUUUGGCGACUGAGAUUCGUUUGCAUCACAACUCUUCCGAUGGCAAUAUGGAUUGACACAGCGCCAACUGAGAUAUAACAGAGGAGGAAACGGCCACACAGGAUUGUGCCUGGCUGUGUGUGGGUUUCCACCACUCCUGUUACUCUAGCAUCAACACACACAAAUAUCCUGCCACAAUGCAGCGGAGGGAACGGCCAUGGUCGGUGUACAGGGCGAAUACAUUGGAGCUUUCUUCCGAGAUGCUUGGACUAGCAUUGGAAGGAAACAGUCAAGAUCCAGAUGAGCCAGUACUGGAGUUCAGUCUUGUCUGCAGUGAGCUGACAACACCGUCCCUGGACCGAAAACCCAACUGUUUUGUUGCUGUGAGCUGUACCACACCUCCUCAGGCUUUCUGGACCAAGCAUGCACAGACAGAGAUCAUUGAGGGUACAAAUAAUCCCAUGUUCCUCAGCAGUGUGGCUUUCUUCCAAGACUCCUACAUUAACCAGCACACACAGGUCAAGCUCUGUGUGUAUGAUGUAAAAGAUCGCUCACAAGGAACGAUGUACCUUCUUGGCUCAGCGAUGUUCCCAGUGAAGGACCUUCUGCAGGAAAAGAACCACAGACUUAACUUACCUCUCAGGUCAGCAGAAAACAAGCAUGUGGGUAGUAUUACAGUCAUUGCCUGGCAGCUAGAGGAGAAGAGAGAUCAGCAUACACCAAUUAAACAACUGCAGGACACCAUCAAUGGCAGGACAGUCCUCCCCGUGGAUGAGAGUCUGACAGAAUCUGUGGGAGUCCGAGUGAAAUAUGCCUCUCUGUGGAAAGACUCCUUUCUUCGAUCCGUGUUUGGUGGCACCAUGUCGCGCAUGUACCGUUUUCCAACCACUGAUGGGAAUCAUUUACGAAUCCUGGAACAGAUGGCUGAGAGCGUCCUGUCACUUAACAUCCCACGACAGUUCGUCAAACUCUUACUGGAAGAGGAUUCUGCCAGAGUAUGUGAGCUGGAGGAGCUGGGUGAGUUAUCUCCGUGUUGGGAGAAUCUCCGGCGGCAAAUCGUAACGCAGUACCAGAGCAUCCUUCUGACCUAUAAGGAUACAAUCACAGACCUGCAGGACUACAAAGGUCCAUCAUUUAAAGCCAGUAAUCUGAAAGCAGAGAGGAAGUUGGAAUUUAUGCCCACUAACCUCCAUGUGCAGAGAAUGCGGGUUCAGGAUGAGUCUGGCUGUGAUCACACCUAUGAUUUGGUGACGAUUGGGGCCCCUGCAGCUCACUGCCAGGGCUUCAAAAAUGGUGGUUUGCGGAAACUCCUACAGAAAUUUGAGGAGGCAAAGAAAGUCAUUUAUGAAGAGGAAUGCAGUGCUCUGUCCAGCUCCCAGUCCAUCGUCUACAUCCCUCAGGAUAUUGUCCGUGCCAAAGAGAUAAUUUCCCAUAUCAACACGCUCAAGACUCAGGUCAGCUACUACGCUGAGCGGCUUUCUCGCGCUGCUAAAGAGCGCUCAGCUAACGGCAUGGAGAGAACCCUCGCCAUCUUAGCGGAUAAGACACGACAGCUGGUGAUGGUGUGUGACUGUAAACUGCUGGCGUCUGCAGUGCAGGCCCUGAAUGCGGCGAGACCCGAGUACAUAGCCUCUAAAAACUCACCCUCUGCUGACUCAGAGCAGGUGGUGCUGAGGAAUGAUCAGGACACACUGCUGGCCAAAUGGAGCGGCAGGAACAGUCGCUCAUCCCUCCACGUUGAUUGGCAUGAGGAAGAGUGGGAAAAGGUAUGGGGGAAUGUUGACAAAAGUCUGGAGUGUAUAAUCCAGCGAGUGGACAAACUGCUGCAGAGGGACCGUCUGCACAGCAUUAGCAGUGAGGACAUGUUCCAGGCUGACCAGCAGGGCGGCGCCAGUAAGAAAGGUAAUGGGAAAACAAAAGCCUUCUGGAUCAACCCUGUCUGCAUGGAAGAGUCUUCCACGGCCCCUGAACCACAACAGCAGUCACCUUCACCUUCAUCCUCACCACCCGAUCUGAACCCUGCAUGCCCGGUUAAUGCAGAAAUGCAUGCCUAUGGCAGCAGCAGCACCGGAGAGGAGAGUUACCCAGGUGAGUGGAGCGAGGCCCUGUAUCCCCUCUUGACGACCCUAACGGAGUGUGUGGCCAUGAUGAGUGACAAAGCCAAGAAGUCAAUGGUUUUCUUGCUCAUGCAAGACAGCGCACCAACCAUCGCGAUGGACCUCAACCUGCAGUACCGCCGAGACGUGGUCUUCUGCCAGACGCUCACAGCACUAAUUUGUGGCUUCAUUAUCAAACUGAGAAACUGUCUCCGUGACGACGGUUUCCUGAGACAGCUUUACACCAUCGGUCUGCUCGCUCAGUUCGAGUGUCUAUUAAGUACUUACGGAGAGGAGCUGGCCAUGUUAGAGGACAUGAGCAUAGGAAUAAUGGACCUUCGGAACGUGACGUUUAAGGUGACGCAGGCCAUCUCUACCUCUUCCCCCGACAUGCUGCCGGUGAUCACCGGAAACCGAGACGGGUUCAACGUUCGCAUCCCGCUCCCAGGAAGCAUGUUUGAUGCAUUGCCAAGGGAGAUCCAGAAUGGCAUGCUGCUGCGGGUACAGCCGGUGCUGUUCAACGUGGGCAUCAACGAGCAGCAAACGCUCGCCGAGAAAUUUGGAGACACUUCGCUUCAGGAGUUCAUCAACGGGGAGAGUCUGGCUCGUCUGAACUCUUACUACCAGCAGUUCAAGGAGGUUUUACCGGAGGACUGUCUUCCUCGCUCUCGUAGUCAGACGUGUCUCCCAGAGCUGCUGCGGUUCCUUGGUCAAAAUGUUCAUGCUAGGAAAAAUAAAAAUGUAGACAUCUUGUGGCAGGCUGCAGAGAUUUGUCGGCGACUGAAUGGAGUGCGUUUUACCAGCUGUAAAAGUGCGAAGGACCGCACUGCGAUGUCAGUGACUCUGGAGCAGUGUCUGAUCCUGCAGCACGAACACGGCAUGGCCCCGCAGGUCUUCACCCAGGCCCUCGACUGCAUGCGCAGCAUUGGGACCAGGGAGGGGGUAACUCAGAAGAACCUGAGCGGCUUAUUGCCCAUACGGGACUUCAGGCUGGACCCCAGUCUGCUCUACUCUCUGCCCCUUCUGGCCCUGAGCCCAAACCUGCUCAUCGUCUGGGUGUUCCUCAGCAUAGCCUACCUGCUGGCCAAACUCCGCUGCAGCUGAGCCGGAGACCCCCUUCUUUCAUUUUUCUUUCUCUCUCUCCCUCACUCCAGCUAUCUCAGCACUUUCUUUCUCUUUUUAUUUUCACUUUUUCCUCCUGUGGGUGAGGAGUUGUUUGCAGACAACGCUGAAUUCUCUCUGGUUCAUUUCAGCUCCUUUCUCUAAAGGCCCCGAUAUACUCAUGGCAAAGAUCUUUUUCUUUCUUCGCUUAGGCAUAAAAAGAAGAUUGAAAUACCUUAGCAGGUAUACAGUUGGCGAACAAGCCAAAACUGUGAGCGUGUUUAGAUGAAUAUCUAAAUGCUGCGCGCUUAACACACAACAAAAAUGACAGCAGUGAGAAAACAGCAGUUAAGAAAGCAUCUUAUUAUGAUUUGGAUGUUUUAGGGGUGUAACGAUACAUCGUUAUAUCGCGAUAUAAAAAUGCAUCACUGAUGUUAACUAUAUGAUUCGUGUUUUAUUCAAGACUCAGCUUACUGUAUUUAUAAAGUAUAAUUCACCCGAAAAUGUAGAUUCUGUCAUCAUGUACUCACCCUCAUGUCGUUUCAGACCUAUACAAUUUUCAGUAAUCUUCCAAACACAAUUGUUUUUUUAAUGAAAUCUGAGAGAUUUCUGUCCCUCCAUUUAAAGUCAGUUCCCCUAAAACUUAAAAGAUCAUAAAGGCGUCGUAAAAAUAAUAUAUAGAGCGGUCUAAUCCAAAUCCAAGUCUUCUGAGGAGACACGCUGGCUUUAUAUGAUCAACAGAUUUACAAAGACGCGCAUACUAUAGUAAACAUGGACGUUUAAAUGUACGUGUGCGUGAUGCACGAAAACCACAUGAGAGUGAGUAAAUGAAGAAAGAAUUUAAAUUUUUGGAUGAACUAAUAAAAGUUUGGAAAUAGUCAUUUUGACAUGCUUUGCGAUUAGAACCGUUAUCUGAAGCGAUACGCACUGGUGUAGAAACAGUUGGAGGCCCCCCAUCAUUCAGUCAAAAGAUUUGUUCAAAACGUGGAUUCGUUCAGUAAUGAAACAUCACUGUGUUGCUCAGAGACUGAAUGGUUCUGUUGAUUUGCUUGGAACAUUUUUCGUUGUGAAAUAGACAAGGGUUCCCACUCAUCCUGGAAAACCUUGAAAACCUGGAAAAUUGAUGAGAAAUUUUCCAGUCCUGGAAAAUACAUGGAAAAUUAGAGAAAAUGAAAAAUGUGCUGGAAAAUCUUGUAGUUGUCCUGGAAAAUUUUUUAAAAAGUUCUUGGGUUUUUCUUUAGAGACCAAAGAGCUAAAAGAUGAUAAAAUGAGCCAAAAAGAGAUUUAUCUCAGAAUGAAAGGUUAAAAAUUAUUAAAUCCCCACAAGAAGGAUGCAAUAUUAAUGCAAUACUAGAAAUUGCAGUUAAGGCAUGACCAUUGGACAGCAAAAUUUCUCAGUGAAGAAUUAAGUGUGAAACCAUCAGAAACCCUUUAGUCUUCAGUGCCACCAUUUUCCAGAACUGCAACCUACCUGCAGUCUCCAGAAGUGUGAGGUGUCAGGAUCUCAGAGACUUAGAUUAGGUAAAGAAUCCUAAAAAAUGCCCCCCAUUUAAGAAUCACAUACUGAAUUGUAGUAAAAUACAAGACAGAUUUUUUUUAUAGGCUUUAUAGACAGACAGAUUGAGAGUGACUCUUGAAGGACCAGCACCACAUCCUCUUGUACCACUGUUUGAAGAAUUCAUCUUUUUUAUUUAUCGGAAUCUAGCUGUAAAGUAUUAGAGUUUAUUUUUAGUCCAUCUCUUACCCUGAAAAGUCCACCUUGCAAAGAUAAUGAUCUUCCAAAACUUACUGCCAAAAAAAAAUAGAAGUGUGCAUCAGUAGUUAAGUAAUGAAAAUAAACUAUGGAAUCUUGUUUCCGCCACUGAAUAAUAAAUAAAAAAAAGUCUAAAUAUUUUUCUUACAAUUGCGAGUUUACAUAAUUGUGAUUUAAGCUCGCAAUUGCGAGGAAAAAAAGUCAUAAUUGCAAGUUUAUAUCACUCUAUUCUGAUCUUUUUUUUCGCAAUUAUUACUUUUUUCUGGCAUUUGACAGUUUAUAUCUUGCGAUUCUUACUACUUUUCUUGGAAUUGUGAGAUAUAAACUUUUGAAUUGUCAGAAUUGGGAGUUUCUAUCAUGCAAAUCUGACUUUAUAUCUUGCAAUUGCGAAUAUCAAAUCACAGUUAUGUAAACUUGCAAUUGCAAGAAAAAAAAGUCAGAAUAGCGAGAUAAAAAGUAAAAGUUGCAAUUACCUUUUUUUUUUUUUUUACGGAAACAAUCUUCCAUAGUCAUAAUGUAUGAUUAAGAGCUCAUAUUAAAAACUGAUUUUAUAGUUAAGUCAUGGCAAUAAACCUUUUAAAGACUUAGAGAGCAAUAUAUUACUUUAGGGCGUAAUCCCAGUCUUUUAUUCCCAUUGUUGUAAAAUUGAAAAUGUCCUGGAAAAUGAUCGCUGAAAAAGAGUGGGACCCUGAUAGAGGAAAAAUAGACAAUGUUCCAAGUCUAAAAUAAAAGUCACCAUAUAUUAACUUCUUGUUUAUUGAACUGUUGUAUGAAAUCAAUAGGCUAUCACAUUUGCAAUCGUGCUGAUAUUCAGGAAAACAGCACUCUAUACCCUGUUAUAAAACAAGAACUCAUACAAGGACAUUUUUGCCCCAUAUAUCUUUAAUUUUGGGGGCAUUUUUAUUAAAUUUGGUGGCAUUUUUGCACCUAGCACCCUUAAAUUUCCAUGAUGGUGGGGGGCAAGGCUCUUUUACAAGUGCAAGCGAAGGCCCCUUCUGUUGCAAGGGAAACAGGUGAAAUAUAACAAAGGCUGCUACUGGAAGUGAAAGCAAAGCAUAAUUUAACUCACCAUGUCAUGUUUUUAGUUUUGGUACUAUGAUGAUUCAAAGCAUUUUAUACUGUUUAUUCUUAUCAUGUAAGUGUAUAAUCUGCACAGGUGGCUUGUCUGUGUAAAACAGAUUCAACGAAUUCUUGCAUUGAAAGCGCGAAUGUACUGUGUUAGAAAAAAUGAAAGUUUACAGAGUUUCCGUAAUAAUACUACUAUAUUUAAUGUUGAAUAUAAUGUAUAAUAAUGCAGUGGGGCAAUAUUUGUGGGUCCUGGUAAUGCCAAAUGCCUAAUUUUACUGAUUAUUUUUAUAUGUAUAGUAUAAUUCUGUAUUUUCAGAUUCAGAAUCAUGAAUAUUUUUAUUCUGAUGUCACCAUUAAGAAGUUCUCUCUUAGGUUUCCUCGCUAUCCUAAUUCUAAUUUCAUGUUAAUAUUCAGUUUUAAUGUUAAUUGUUAAUUUACAUACAGGAAGUUCAAUUAAAUCUUGAAAUAUUGUAAAUUCUUUAUUAAGUUGUAUGUACAACUAAGUAAGUUAUUGAAAAUUGUUAAUGUUUUGGAUAUAAAUCUGUUAUUUGAAUUUUGCUCAAAACAUUGUGAUGUGUAUCGUAUCGUGAACCCAGUGUCGCGACACGUAUCUAAUCGUGAGCAGAGCGUAUCGUUACACCCCUGCAUCAGCUAUGCUUUUUUUCACUCCUGUCAAGUCACGUUCAUUUUUAUAGCACUUUAUUCAGUAUAUUGCUUCAAAGCAAGCAGCUUUACAUUAUUAAACAGUCAGUGUCAGUGUCACUUUCAGUUACCAUAAAGCAGCUCUCCAGUGUGUUCAUGUUUUUACUCGCGUCUGACCUCUGAAAGCAAAUGAUGUAAUCACCAAUUCAAAGGUGUUUACCAGCCAGAGUGAACUUUUCUGGAAAGUUCACUUUGGCAAGCUUUUCAGACUCUCGAAACGAACUUCAUUUUAACCUGAUUUUGUUCUAUAAGAUUCUUCGAUUUGGCUUGAAGUAUAUUGGGGCCUUAACAGCCAGUCUAAAGGUCUUGGUGUUUCUAUCUGCCUUACCUCUCUCUUUCUCUCUCUCUCUCUUCUUAAGUAAUCUUGGAUGACAUAAGAGAAAAGUUUGUAAAUUAAUUUGUGACAUAUUACAGAUAUUCUGAAUUAUUUUAGAGGGUAUAUUGAACAUAUAUAUUUAAGACAUUGAUUUAUUUAUUCAAUACUAAAUAUUCUUAUAAUAUAAAACCGUUUUAUUUAUGUUAUUAUAACGGCACGCAUAUCGUGUGCUGGUGGUCCGUACAAUAUUUAUAAUAAUGAGAUACUGAUUCUGUAACAGUAUCACAGAGUUUUCCAGUGAUUUUUGUGGUCGAUUUUGUUACGUCUUCCAUGUGUUUCUAUCUAAAUGCAAAGCUAAGGCCCGGCCAAAGCUCAUUUCAACUAUCAUCGCACUUGCUUUAAAAAUGUAUUGCACUUUAGGGUGUUAAGUGUGUCCAUGUCUUCCCAUGUUUUGCAGGAAGAAAACAUUUUGUUCUUUUGCCAUGAUUGGUCUGCACUAGCCUGUUUGCAGCUUUUCCAGUAAAACUGUUAAAUUUGGCCAUAUAAGAUUGUAUUUUCAGUCAGGGAAAUCUAAAUAUGCAUUUGAGAAUUACUUUUUUUCACUGUCAGCUGAUAGAACUGAAAUGGGUUUAAUAGGAAUUUUGUGUAAAGGAAUGUUCCGGGUUCACAUACGUUCUGUUAAACACAAGACAGGCAGUUUUGACUGGUCACUCAAUUCGUAAAAACAAACAAAACCUUCUUUACAUUAAUGCACUAACAAUGAAAGUCUAUGGGGAAAGGCACUAACAUUAAAAUACGCAAUUUUGAAAGUACAACCUUCUUCCAAAUUGAGAGACGUAAUCAAUGUUUGCUAGAUAGCUUAAACUGAACCUGGAACAGUCCUUUUAAGAUGUAUCUGUUUAGAUGAGAAGACCAUCCAUGUGUUGCUUUAAGUAAAGUGUUUUUAUGCAGGACUAAUGAAUAGAAUGUAUGUUCUUUUGCCAAAACUAAUCAUGACAUACAGGCUGCAAAUCUUCUGAAUUCUUCCCUUAUUUAUAUGUAAAUAUAUAUUUUAUAUGUAAAUAUUUACCACAAUUAUUUCAUCAUUUUAAAGGACUCCCAGUUUAAUCGUGCUUCCCUCUGUGCCAAAUUAGAAAUGGCCUCUCUGUGCUUUGUAAAAAUGUGUCUGGCCACAUGCCACGGCCAGUACAUCUGCUGUUUACAAGUGAGCACUGCUUGAGUUUACAUGCCCUAAAGAGCUGUCCAUUACAUGAACGUUAAAAAAAUUAACAUUCACCAGGCUACAGAAAAGUGUAGACUUCAUCUGACCUACUAAAGAAAUUGACUGUCCCAAAAUAUCUCCAUUUGAGAUGCUGAAGGGGUUCGUUUAUAAUGAUGUUGCGGCUCUGUGAGUCUAUUUUUGCUCAAUUUGCUUUAGAAGACUUCCAGACUUUUUCCUGUUUGUUUUAAAUCAUAUUGGAUAAUGUUACUAGCUGUAUUCUGAGUAUGAUUACAUUUUAUGCAGUAAGUUGGAGAAAGGUUUUGGUAACUGAUUUUGAAGUCUGUUUAGACAGAUACUGCCUCGGGUUUGGCUGAAUGUCGUUUUUAGGUUUUAACGAAUAGAAUUUAAGGAUAGGACUCAGUCUGAUAGCUUUAAAGUUUGAUCAUUGGUUUUAAGUAGGGCUGCAUGAUUAUGACAAAUAGAUUAUUUCCCUUGACAUUGUAAUCUGAAUUAUUUUUUUAUUAGAAAUUCACAACGUUUAUAUUAAAACAGCUGCAUGUUAUUACAAUCAGCUUGCAGUGUAAAUUUGAUGUUACUUUGUCUAUUUUACAAACAAGCUGCACAACAUCUAUCCAAAUAAUUGCAAAUUAUGAGCUGUGUUUUUUUUUUUUUUUUUUUUUUUUGCCUGUUCAAAAAUUCGCACAACAUACCAGUUUGUGAUUGUUCAAAUGCUGCAAGAAACACAUAUUGUUCUAAAUGGAAUGCUGUAUAGGACAUUCAUGGUUAAUCGUGGCAAAAACAAGUUAUUUCACUCGGCCUCUCGCUCUCAUGCGUCCAAAUGCAUCUUUUUGAUUGGGGAAACAUCAAAUUCUCCAAAACUGUUCAUUAAGCUUACGAUAAAAUUUCAUUUUUAAAAACCCCAAUGAAUAUCUGACAACAACAGUCUCAUAAAGCUUGUUUCUUAUGUUCAAAUAGCAUUUAAAAAAGCUUGUUUUUCAUGCUAGACCAGCCAAUUAAUAGUAGUGCACCGUCUUCCUAUAUAUAAAGUCUUUGAUCGUGGCAGCCAUACUCAUAAUCAAAACGUUUUGGAGUAAUUGUGCAGCCCUAGUUUUAAGGAUCAGUUAGGUUUGAAGCUGUAUAGUGAAUGUUUUGGGAACUAUCUUAGUAAUCUAUCUGUAAUGGAACAGUUUUGUGGAUUGGUUUAAUGAAUUUGCUUGAUUAAUAAAUAGGCUCAGAGCACAUGCUCUUUUGAUUUAUAUUGAGCUUUCAUGCUCAGAGAAUCAUAUUUUAUAAACAAUAUUAUACAAUAUGCAGUGUUGUUUUUAUGCUUCCUCUUACAACAUUUGUACAUUUUUAAAUAUUAUUUCAGUAUUUUUAAUCAAUAUUUGAAAAAUAUAACCUUUUACUCAAAGAUCAAAGUAGAUUUCUUAGUUCUACCUCGUUUUACACUUUAGGCUCGUGAACUGAGCGUACAUGCUCAUUUAGUCAAAAACUACAAGGUCUCUGCAUGGAAAGGAACCGGUUUGAUUUAGAAGUUUUUUUUUUUUAGCUAUUUAGUUAUCAAAAGAUUUCUGUGAUCAUUUACUCACCUUUGUAUGUUUCUUUCUUCAGUGGAACUUAAAAGGAGAUAUUUAGCAGAAAGUUCAAGCUGCUCUUUUCCAGACAUUUUUCUCAUACGAUUUUUCAGUGAACAACUUAAAUUUCAUUUGGUUUAUUACACUAAGCUGCCGUAUAGGGGUUUAGAAGACUUAAUCCCAAAGUUUACUUCGUCCAUCCUCAUUCCGCUAUGGGCCGGUCACUGUCCGCGUUAUGUAAUUUUCAUCAUUGGGUGGAUCCGCAGACGUCUGCACACACCGUCUGCAAAGCCACUUGAAGGCAAGCCUGCAACCUUAGCCGAAAAAAGUGUAACCCCUGCUAACGCUGCAUAAUAAGUUGGAAUACACUUGCUGCAUGUCUCAUAAAACAUUCAAAAAUGUAAACGUCUGAGAGAAAGAGAAGAGCAGACAUAUAGAUUGAUCUGAAAAAGCAUGACGACACAAAAGAGAGCUCUAUUCAGUGUGGUUUUCUGUGUUCAAACACCUGAAGCGUGCAGCCGCGUACACAAACACAGAAAGCUAUACAGCGCACAAUUACUGAACUGAGCUCUCUUUUGCAUCUGAAUGGACAAAUGCACAAAACAUUGUCAAAAAUGUCAGUUUUGUAAAGUAUUCACGUAAAUAGUUGGUUAUGUCUUAAGAAAACGUAAACAGUUGUGAGAAUAUUGGAUGUGCAUCAGUGUACUGAAUCAACGCAUUCAGUCUUAAAGUGACAGCAGCCUAAUAAACCUGCUGCCGUCUCUGCCCUUAAUAUUAAUCAAACAAAAGACGAAGAGAAAAGCAUUCACUGCUCUUUAAUAGCUUUAUUAAGGAUUAAUUAGAUUUAAUUUAUACAAAUAAACAUGUCUGCUUGAAAGAAUAAAGAAUGAUGUGUGCAAGUUGUUAUAAAGAAUCCAUAUAUCAUUCAUUGAAACGAAGACCAUAUGUUCUUGUUUAGGAGAAGUGGUUUUAUUUAAUUAUAAAUUAUUAUUAUUAAUUAUUUGUUAUAAAUAUGUCUGUAUUCCAUGUUAAUAGAUGUUUUAAUAGCAGGUUAAUAGAUGUUUUCUCCGGGAGUAUAUAAUGAGUUUGGAAAUGUUACAGAGAUUCUUAAUUAAUGCAUUACAAUUUAACGAAACCCAUUAGAUUUUAGUCAUCUAAAACAAAAACAAUUAAGAUGACUAAAAUAUGACUAAUUGUCAUUUUAUUCUAAAGACUACGACUAAAACUAAAUCAAAAUUUGCUGUGAAAAUUAGCACUGCUGUGCAGUAGUCAAAGAAGAGAGCGUAAAGAGGGAUUAGAGAUACAAAACGGUAAACAAAGCAGCAUAUCAUUCUCCAUCGUUUUUGUUUUGGUUCUUGUUCUAAACUUUGCAUGCAAUAUCGGAUACGCUACUUUUCUUCCUCUAUCCUUCCGAGCGAACAUUAGCUGCGUUUCAUUCCGAAGGCUGCAUCUUCUGGAGGUCGCAUUUGAAGGCUGCAUAUGUCAUCGAAGUGGUCUCGUUUAAGAAAAGUAACCUUUUAGAUUGCAAAGUAAGAAAGUACUUUACACCUCACGAGGAAUAACAGUCAAGUUUAUUACAGUUACUUUUCUUAAAUAAGACAUCAAAUGUGACCUCUGGAGGAAGCAGUUUCCGAAUGAGAUGAUGACUCAGUGCUGCCCUCUGAUGUCUGAUUGAACCUUGAACCCAGAGU